AUGCUGAAGCUCCCCUACGCAGCCGAGGUCGUCGGCGCCCGUCGCAUUGAAGGCGGUGGCAGAACAGCCGUCGCCGGCAGCCAAUCGUCAAUUGGCAGGGAAACGCGCUCGACGCGCUGCAACGCGAACCAGCCAGCCCCAUCUCAAAUUCGCUACCGCAACCCCCCUCCCCGCUGCAUCACCACCAGGCGAUCUCGCACAGCUGCCUUCGUCGACUUCCUCAAGAAUUUCAAGUCCUCGUCCACCGAAGCCGCCGAUCAAUUACAGGGGCUCAAUCUUAACGGCAAUGGCGCCGACGAAGAGUACGACAUGAUGGACGACGAAGACGAUCCUGCGCCAAACAGGGCGCGCAACGGCCAGUCGAAAACAAAGUACAUGAACCAGUUACAGGAAGUGUCAAACCGCGAGCGCGACGAGAUUGUCAUAGACCUGAACGACGUGGAAGCCUACGAGAGGACUGCCUCAGACGGCGAGCACAACUACAAGCUGAUUGAAUCGAUCGAGCGCAACGCCCACCACUACCUCGAAGUCUUCUCCCGAGCAGUCGACAAGUGCUUACCGCCACCAACCAAGGAGCUGAACUUCAAAGACGAUGUCCUGGAUGUCAUCAUGACCCAGCGUUCCAAGCGCAAUGAGAGGAUGCAGGAGCUCCAGGGUGUUGACGACACCGCAGAUGCUGCCCCAGAAUCGCUCUUCCCCGCGGCACUGACACGACGAUACACGCUCAACUUCAAGCCCAGAAUACCGUCUGGCGCUAGCAGCCAAGCAGCCAUGAAGGCGCUUGCCGUUCGGAAUGUGCGAGGAGAGCAUCUCGGCCACCUAAUCACAGUCCGCGGUAUCGCAACGCGGGUGUCAGACGUCAAGCCUGCUGUACAGGUCAAUGCCUACUCCUGCGACCGCUGCGGAAGCGAAGUCUUCCAGCCCGUGACAACGAAAGCAUUUACACCACUUCAGGAGUGCCCAUCAGAAGAAUGCAAGAACAACAAGACCAAGGGUCAGAUGUUCUUAUCCACCCGUGCAUCCAAGUUCCUUCCUUUCCAGGAGGUCAAGAUUCAAGAGAUGGCUGAUCAGGUACCCGUUGGACACAUUCCUAGACAGCUUACCAUCCAUUGCCACGGUGCACUUGUACGCCAGAUCAACCCCGGAGAUGUCGUAGAUGUGGCGGGUAUCUUCCUCCCAACCCCAUACACUGGCUUCAAGGCCAUCCGUGCCGGUCUACUCACAGAUACCUACCUCGAGGCGCAACAUGUCAUGCAACACAAGAAGGCAUAUGAUGAUAUCGUCCUCGCUCAACCAACCCUGAAGAGGAUGAACGAGCUCGAAAGGACUGGCCAACUGUAUGAAUACUUGUCGCGAUCCAUCGCGCCCGAGAUCUUCGGUCACGUUGAUGUAAAGAAGGCGUUGCUUCUCCAGCUUAUUGGUGGCGUCACAAAAGAAGUCAAGGACGGUAUGCGUAUCCGUGGUGACAUCAAUGUAUGCUUGAUGGGAGACCCUGGUGUGGCCAAAUCCCAAUUGCUCAAGUACAUCACCAAGGUUGCUCCUCGUGGUGUCUAUACCACCGGUCGUGGUAGCAGUGGUGUCGGUCUCACCGCGGCUGUGAUGCGCGAUCCCGUCACAGAUGAGAUGGUCCUCGAAGGCGGCGCUCUCGUCCUGGCCGACAAUGGUAUGUGCUGUAUUGAUGAGUUCGACAAGAUGGACGACAGCGACCGAACCGCCAUCCACGAAGUCAUGGAGCAGCAGACUAUCUCGAUCAGCAAAGCCGGUAUCACUACCACUCUCAACGCCCGCACAUCGAUCCUUGCCGCUGCCAAUCCGUUGUAUGGUCGCUACAACCCCCGCAUCUCCCCCGUGGAGAAUAUCAACCUUCCUGCUGCGCUCUUGUCGCGUUUCGACGUACUUUUCCUUAUUCUUGAUACCCCUGCGCGAGACUCUGACGAAGAAUUGGCACGCCACGUUACGCACGUCCAUAUGCACAACAAGCAUCCUGAAGUCCAGGGAGGCAUCGUGUUCAGUCCCGCUGAAGUUCGACAAUGGGUUGCUCGUGCGCGAUCAUACCGACCAAAUGUUCCGAAGGAAGUGUCUGACUACAUGGUGGGCGCAUACGUACGCAUGCGCCAACAGCAGAAGCGCGAUGAGGGUUCCAAGAAGGCCUUCACCCACACAUCACCUCGUACCCUGCUCGGUGUCCUUCGUCUGGCGCAAGCUCUGGCUCGUCUACGAUUCGCAGACGAGGUCAUUUCAGAAGACGUUGACGAGGCUCUACGCCUCACGGAAGUAAGCAAAGCCAGUCUGUACGCCGACGACAACCGCCGGGAUGAUUACACGCCCAGUAGUAAGAUUUAUCACCUCAUCAAGUCGAUGGAGGCUAGCGGAGCUGCUGCUGUCGGCGACGGCACGCGUGGCGAGAUGGAUCUCCGAAGGGUCAGGGAGCGAGUGUUGGCCAAGGGCUUCACUGCGGAUCAGUUUGAGCAGGCCAUUGAUGAGUAUGCCAUGCUUGAUGUCUGGCAAACGACAGGCGAGGGGUCACGACUGGUGUUCAUCGAAGCGGGAGAUGAGGAUAUGGAUGCAGACAACGACUUUUAGGCUCUGCGACGAAGUAGUUACGGCGUUCUCGGCGCUUGGGGGUGUUGCAGCCUUGGAUGAACUUUGUCAAUGGGCGGCUUUACGACG